AUAUCAAGGACUUCACUAAAUUAGCAGGUACCACUGGUCUUCUUGUGCUUAUCCGGGCAAGAACUUAUCGAAAUACAAUAGAAGUUUUUACUUAGAAGAGAUUUUCAGGGAGAAGUGAAAUGACAACCUCACUAGAUACAGUUGAGACCUUUGGUACCACAUCCUACUAUGAUGAUAUGGGCCUGCUCUGUGAAAAAGCUGAUACCAGAGCACUGAUGGCCCAGUUCGUGCCCCCGCUGUACUCCCUGGUGUUCACUGUGGGCCUCUUGGGCAAUGUGGUGGUGGUGAUGAUCCUCAUAAAAUACAGGAGGCUCCGAAUUAUGACCAACAUCUACCUGCUCAACCUGGCCAUUUCGGACCUGCUCUUCCUCUUCACCCUUCCGUUCUGGAUCCACUAUGUCAGGGGGCAUAACUGGGUUUUUGGCCAUGGCAUGUGUAAGCUCCUCUCGGCGUUUUAUCACACAGGCUUGUACAGCGAGAUCUUUUUCAUAAUCCUGCUGACGAUCGACAGGUACCUGGCCAUUGUCCAUGCUGUGUUUGCCCUUCGAGCCCGGACUGUCACUUUUGGUGUCAUCACCAGCAUUGUCACCUGGGGCCUGGCAGUGCUAGCAGCUCUUCCUGAAUUUAUCUUCUAUGAGAUUGAAGAGUUGUUUGAAGAGACUCUUUGCAGUGUUGUUUACCCAGAGGAUACAGUAUAUAGCUGGAGGCAUUUCCACACUCUGAGAAUGACCAUCUUCUGUCUCGUUCUCCCUCUGCUCGUCAUGGCCAUCUGCUACACAGGAAUCAUCAAAACGCUGCUGAGGUGCCCCAGUAAAAAAAAGUACAAGGCCAUCCGGCUCAUUUUUGUCAUCAUGGCGGUGUUUUUCAUUUUCUGGACACCCUACAAUGUGGCUAUCCUUCUCUCUUUCUAUCAAUCCAUCUUAUUUGGAAAUGACUGUGAGCGGAGCAAGCAUCUGGACCUGGUCAUGCUGGUGACAGAGGUGAUCGCCUACUCCCACUGCUGCAUGAACCCGGUGAUCUACGCCUUUGUUGGAGAGAGGUUCCGGAAGUACCUGCGCCACUUCUUCCACAGGCAUGUGCUCAUGCACCUGGGCAGAUACAUCCCAUUCCUUCCUAGUGAGAAGCUGGAAAGAACCAGCUCUGCCUCUCCAUCCACAGCAGAGCCGGAACUCUCUAUUGUGUUUUAGGUCAGAUGCAGAAAAUUGCCUAAAGAGGAAGGACCAAGGAGAUGAAGCAAACACAUUGAGCCUUCCACACUCACCUCUCAAACAGUCCUUCAAACUUCCAGUGCAACACUGAAGCUCUUGAAGACACUGAAAUAUACACACAGCAGUAGCAGUAGAUGCAUGUACCCUAAGGUCAUUACCGCAGGCCAGGGGCUGGGCAGCGUACUCAUCAUCAACCCUAAAAAGCAGAGCUUUGCUUCUCUGAAGAGUUACCUACAUUUUAAUGCACCUGAAUGUUAGAUAGUUACUAUAUGCCGCUACAAAAAGGUAAAACUUUUUAUAUUUUAUACGUUAACUUCAGCCAGCUAUUGAUAUAAAUAAAACAUUUUCACACAA